AGCGCCAACGGCCUCUGCUCGCAUCCUGUCGGGUGAAGAUAGCGGGCGGCUACAGAACCUAACCCAGUCUGAGGCUGCUGCUGUAUUUCGUAUUUAAAUCCAUUAAACAUUGAUUGAAAUAACUCAGGCCACCGUGAACGAUAAAUACCAAGCAUAAUGAUCCGCUUCAUCCUGAUCCAGAACCGGGCCGGGAAGACCCGGCUGGCCAAGUGGUACAUGCAGUUUGAUGAUGAUGAGAAGCAGAAGCUGAUUGAAGAGGUUCAUGCUGUAGUGACAGUCCGUGAUGCCAAGCACACCAACUUUGUAGAGUUCAGAAACUUCAAGAUCAUUUACAGGCGGUACGCGGGCCUGUACUUUUGCAUCUGUGUGGAUGUGACGGACAAUAAUCUGGCUUACCUGGAAGCUAUUCACAACUUUGUUGAGGUUUUGAAUGAGUAUUUCCACAAUGUGUGUGAAUUAGAUCUGGUCUUCAAUUUCUACAAGGUGUACACCGUGGUGGACGAGAUGUUUCUGGCAGGAGAGAUCAGAGAGACCAGCCAGACGAAGGUGCUCAAGCAGCUCCUCAUGCUGCAGUCUUUAGAGUAACGAGCCUGUCAAUCAAUCAACCACCAUUACUACAGGCCCCGCCCACUUCCACAGGCUCCGCCCACCCCCGCUGCGGCCAAGCCUUAUUAUUUUUCUUGCUGAAAUACAUCCGCUUACAUUUCACCUUCUCUUUAAAAUUCACGUCCACGAUGAAGGACGUUGCCUUUCUUUUCACAUCCGCAAGUUUAUAACAUUUUACACAUUUCACAUUUAUAAAACCUCCCUGGUUAUUGACCUAAUUGUUCUUUGGCAUAGCCAGAGUUGAAUACUUCAGCAAUUUUACAGCACAGUAGACUUCAGUGUCUCCAAGCCCAUUCAUUAACACUAACACAGAUCACAGCAUCACACCGGCCAAAAUCCUCCGAACCCAAAUCCAUGGGCUGCACUAAUAUAUACAACUUUUAUCAAAUAAAUCCAGCUCAGUUCAUGAAAUAUUCAAAUCAAAUGUUAAGAAUCUGUGAAGGUUGUUUUUUGUAUCGUGUACAUAUAGCUACGUUAUAUAUGCAUCUGUUUUAAAAUGUAAAUGUUAUGAACUAACCAGUCAUUCCAGGCAUCUAAAACACUCAGUUUCUGCUCGUUGUAAUUGCAUUAAAGACUGUUGUCUUGGUUUUAUGGAGAACUCGAGCCAGCGAUUAGCGAGCGCUUUACAGAACAAGGCUGAGUGGAAGAAUGGAGCUCAGAGGGAAAAGGACAAAAGAUGGUCUACUUUUAAUUUUCUCUUUUGUGGCGCCAGGAGCUCUAUAGCAACUGCUCGGCCUCGAAUCAUUCCCUCACAGAUCGAUUAAUGAGUUACUAUGAGACUCGGUCUUCAUUUUGUGUGUAUGUGUCCCUUCUGCCUGUUUGUCCCCGUGAGAUUGCAGAGUAAAAGAUGAUGUAAGUGGUGUUACUCUCGCGUGUGUUGCUGUCAGUGUAUAUAUAUAUCAAUGCAGGUAAAUAAAAUAUAUUACAACUACUUAAAA